ACUCGAUUACCUUUGAGUGCAUCGGAGCGUCGACCUCGAGAAACUGCUAAGAAGAAUCUGCACGCAACUGAAGAAAACAAAUAAACGGGUUGAUUACUACUGCAGACGUGAUCUGACCCGACGAAGGAAGCGAGACGCCAUGCCAAACAAGAAAUGCCUCGUUUUUUUCUUUUUCCUCUUUUUCCUCGUCAUCAUCGGGGUCAUAGUCAUCUGUCUCAUUGCCAAGGACGGAAUCAAACACAAGGAGACAGAGAGUCCCUUCUGGCAGCGAACCAUUGUGUAUCAAGUGUACCCGAGGUCCUUCUGUGACCACGAUGGAGACGGCACCGGAGACCUCCAAGGAAUCCUUAGCAAGGCGGACUACCUGAAGGAGCUGGGCGUCGGCACGGUGUGGCUGAGUCCGAUCUUCUCGUCGCCGAUGGCUGACUUUGGCUACGACGUCGCCAACUUCACCGCCAUCGAGCCGCUCUUCGGGACCAUGGACGACUUCGACGCGCUCAGGGCGGCGCUGCACGACAGAGGCCUGCGGCUGGUGCUGGACUUCGUGCCGAACCACAGCAGCGACGAGCACGAGUGGUUCGUCAAGUCCAGGCGGAAGGAGGAGCCCUACGCGGACUACUACAUCUGGGCGGACCCGAAGGGCUUCGACGAGGAGGGCCAGCCCAUCCCGCCCAACAACUGGCUGAGUGUGUUCCGAGGGCCGGCGUGGACGUGGGCGGAGGAGCGGCAGCAGUUCUACUUCCAUCAGUUUCUGGCCAAACAGCCCGACCUGAACUAUCGGAACGAGCGAGUGCGGGACGAGAUGAAGCAAGUGCUGCGCUUCUGGCUGGACCGAGGCGUCGAUGGCUUUCGAGUGGAUGCCGUUAAAUUUUUGUUCGAAGUGGAAGAUAUCAGUCAGGACGAAUCUGUUGCGAACGACCCGGAGACAGACGACCCCCUGGACUACUACUACCUCAACCACACGCUUACGACCAAUCAGCCAGAAACCUUGGAGGUGGUUAACGAGUGGCGAGACAUCUUGGACCAGUACUCAGAUAGAGUGAUGAUGGCAGAGGUAUACGAUGACGACAUUAGGCAAGUGAUGAAGUACUACGGGAACGACAGCGUCCCCCUGGCGGACUUCCCGUUCAACUUCCUGCUGAUCGACAGCUUCCGCAACCGGAGCGACCUGAGCGGCGCCGCCCUCAAGGACGCCCUCGACCUGUGGAUGGACAACAUGCCGGAGGGGAAGUGGCCCAACUGGGUGGGUCCCGCUUCGGCGAGGACCUGAUCGACGCGCUCAACAUGCUGGUCCUUCUGCUGCCGGGGACGCCCGUCACCUACUACGGGGAGGAGAUCGGGAUGUUGAACACCUUCAUAUCGUGGGAAGACACCCAGGAUCCCCAGGCAUGUAACCACGGUCUUGACGGAUACGAAGACUACAGCAGGGACCCCGAGAGGACGCCGAUGCAGUGGGACAAUUCGACUUUGGCCGGUUUUACGACAGGCAACAGUACGUGGCUGCCUGUCAACGAUAACUUCAAGGAUCUCAACGUGAAGGCACAACAACACGCAGAAAAGAGUCACUUAAAAAUUUACGAAGAACUUGCUCGAUUGCGGGAGGAGGAGACGUUUACGAAAGGACAUACUGCCUAUCCCGUGAUCAGCAAUGAGGUUUUCUCUCUCCUGAGAUACCUUGAAGGCUACGAGAGCUACCUGCUGGUGAUGAACACGUCGGAGGAGGAACUGGAGGUCGACCUCCACCAGCACGCCAACAUGGAGCUUCCGCCGACGGCCGAGGUCGUCCUGCGCUCCGUCACGGACACGGCGGAGGCGACCGUCCCAGGGUCCGAAAUACACUUGAGCGAGGUAAAACUUGCGGCAGGAGAAGGUUUAUUAUUAACAUUUUCAGAAUAAGGCAAAUAUAUUCUAUUUUCUUUUUUCCGUAUCCACGAUAUAUUGUCUCUAAGCAUUGUGCAGACCUUGAAAAUAAAUAAUCGUACUUA